AUGUCCCCAUUACCACUCUUGUCAUCAGUGUCAGAACGAUGUCUUUUGGCCCAAAAAGCCCGGAGUAAGCUGAUACGGUGCGCACACAGUAAAAAAACACAGACCUCGACCUGCGAGUUUUGGUGGGACACGCCAAUCUGCUGGACCGAUUGGCGUUGGAGUCUAGCAAGGAACUGGAAAACGACGAGAGGGAAGUCGAUACCUACAACUGCUCUGUCACGGGCGAGUACUACUCGGACUCGGACUCGGAUUCGGGCUCAUGCUCGGAUUCCGACGAUUUCGGCUCGGACGGCGACUCCGAUAGUAACUCAGACGGCGAGUUCGACGACUCAGAUCCCCUGUGGGACGAGACGGGAAGCGCGGUCACGUGCUACGAGGUUGCGAAGCCUUUCCAGGCGUAUCGCCACGGGUGUGGGGCCGAAGUUCGCUGCAUCUCGACCACCUUGGUUUCGAUCGCCGAGAAGGACGACGACGAGGAUGACAACGAGAUCUACGACGGCUCGGACGAAGACGAAGACAGUUUCUACAACCGUUUCCCGGCCAGUCCGAUUUUCCGGGAAGCUUCUACCGUGGUUGCAACGUGCUAAAUACGCGCGCACUUGCACACACGUUAACGACUCACGACCCCGGCCAUAUUCAGUACCAUUUAACGACCGAAACGAACAAUUUAAUAUAUCUGCCUGUAACACACAGGUCACGAACCUUGUAUAA